AUGGCAAAACGUAAAUGCUAUAAAAGAUCUCGACGCAAACAGGGCUUGUAUCAAUCGCAAGAGAUGCUGUUGCAGAAAUCAGGCUCAUCUGACACGAUCGAUAGCAUUGGGAACAAUGAUACUCCUUUAAGAAGAAACGUGGGAUCGUCGGAGCAACUUUUAGAACAACGUUCUCCAGAGUCGGUGCUUUUUGACUCACAGCAGCUGGAGUUGUCCUGCUGUGGUGAUUUGAGUCCGGAGUUCGCACCUAAGCUUCGAAGGAGAAAAUUAGAUUUAAAUAACUUAAACACAAAUUAUGAACAAUAUGAAAGUGAAAUACAGAAGGAGAUGAAACUAUUUAAGGAGAAUCAAUCCGAUGUAGAACCACAGCAGCAGAAGGUAGACACAUCUACAUUGUAUCCCAUGGAAAAAACUUUACCUAUGAAUGAAGAGAUCAAGGUGGACAUGCACAAAUGUGAGUCCAUACAGAAUAGCAAAUCCUUUUCAAACGCAGUACUUGGCGUGCGUAACUACAACACUGACUUCCAUUCGUUCAAAUCGAUGUACGAUUUGCCUUACGGAUAUGUAUCAGAACCAGGACAGUUUAGUACCUUCAAUUCCGACGUGGAAUCCCAGAAUCCUAGGUUCCACCAUUUUCUCGAUGAAUUUCAAUCAGCUGCCUCUAGUAACGAACACAAUAAAGAAGAGUGGAAUAAACAAGAGAGUCAAAAGGCAAAGUUUGAUAUAGUUAACGAGAAGUGUUCGCAGGUGUCGGGUGACGGUCGCUUUACUACCAAUUGGAGUGAGUAUAGGCGGAUCCUUUCCAACCUACGACAGCUAAAGAACUUGAAGGUACGAAGUACCAGUCAAAAACCCGGUACAAGCUGUCUGCCAAAGUAUAAGACAAUUGUCGAGACGCGGUCCAUGUAUACAUCUUCGUUGUCUUUGGUGUCACAGGGAUCGUGGAAUCCAAAAAUACUGACGUUGAUAAAAUCGACAAGAAUAAGGGCUCGUGCGACCAUGCCUUAUAGUGGUUCACCGCCACCUGCCAAGAGGUGUAGAACGGCAUUGAAAUGUUAUGAUGACGCGGAAACAGAACAUUCUGAUAAAGCAAUCGUGUCUCUCCCAGCCAGUGAUCUCUUAUCGGAAGAAAAGAAGAACACGCGAAAUUCAUUUUCGUCCAAUUUAACCGCCAGCAAAACAGUUUGGAGUAGUUGCACACCUGAAUCCCCCACCGCUUCUACGCUGGAUUUACCUGCCGUCUUGGAUUCUGGUGGCUGUAGCAGGAGUCUGCAAGAUCGUCAAGUGGAAUUUGAGUUCAGUAAAAAAUGUACCUGCGCCACCUCUGCACAGAGCCGUUCGUCGUCACGAUUCCAAUUUAUCAAAAAACCUAUACAUAAAAUUAUUUUCUUUUGUAUCUGGUUGAUGAGAAAGCUGGCGAAUACGUUUAAACAGAAUGCGGUCAACUAUGUAGUUAUGACAUUACGCUCUGAGAACAAGCAGAUGACUGAUAGAUUUUUAGAGAAAAUACGCGCAAGUAACGUGACAACUAUGGCUGCUUUGAUCACAGAAGUCCGUAAUAUAGUGGCUGAAAAGAAUGAAACACUGAAGCAGGAAAUAGAGAAACUACCGAAGGCGUUGGAGGAUAAAAAAACAAGUACAUAUACCUAA